GCUAAGUAUUGUCUCUACUACCUCCUGAGACAUGACCACACUGAGAAGCUUGUGACCUAACCAGAUCCUCCUUUUUGCCUUAUCCUGUGACCUCAAGGGAGCUAGUGAAAGCUCAUUUCCAUCUUCCUCUCCCUCCUCUGCCAGCCAAGGUUCAUGUGCUGAAGAUCCCUCUGAAGAUACUCCCCAGCAGCAGAGAUACCUCUGAAGGUGUGGUGUGUUCUGCCACCCAGGAUGAAAGGGGUUCUUCUUCAGCCUGCAGAGAUGAGCCUCAUGGACGUAAGUAAGAUAUUCUCCCUCCUCCAAGAGCCCGACGACGAAGACAGUGCUGAUGAGAAGCAAGAGCUAAACCAAGUUGUCUGUAACAACGAUGCCAGGACCCUAGACCAGCUCCUCCACCAGGAGCGCUACAAGCGCUUUAUCAACAGCCGUAGUGGCUGGGGUGUGCCAGGUACCCCACUACGCCUAGCCGCCUCUCACGGCCACCUUAGCUGCCUGGAAGUUCUCCUAGCUCAUGGGGCAGAAGUGGACAGUCUGGAUGUUAAGGCCCAGACACCCCUGUUCACUGCUGUCAGUCAUGGGCAUUUGGACUGUGUUCGAGUCCUGCUGGAGGCUGGUGCCAGCCCUGGGGGCAGCAUCUAUAACAACAGUUCUCCAGUUCUCACAGCUGCUAGAGAUGGUGCCAGUGGAAUUCUGAAGGAACUCCUGAGUCAUGGAGCUGAGGCCAAUGUCAAGGCUAGGGGGCCAGAGUGGGCUUCCAACGUCACCUCCUGCUCUGGGCCUCUCUACCUGUCAGCUGUCUAUGGCCAUCUUGAGUGCUUCCGCCUUCUCCUGUUGUAUGGAGCUGACCCAGACUACAACUGCACAGAUAAACAGCUGCUUUCACGUAUACCUAAGCCACGCACGCUGCUAGAAUUCUGCCUACGGCACAGCUGCCCCCUCGAGUACAUCCAGCUGCUUGUGGACUUUGGGGCCAAUGUUUAUCUCCCAUCUCUACCACUGGAGAAGACUGACCCGGAUGGGGAAGGUGUGGCCCUACUACUAAAGGAAAGAACUCAUCCCAAAUCCCUGAUGUCACAAGCUCGGCUCGCAGUCCAAAAAGCUCUUCAGUGCUCUUGCUGGGUCAAUGUCAUCGAGGAACUAGAUAUCCCUCCUGCGUUGAUUAAUUACCUUAAGCACCAGUCGUAAGGCAAGAGCCUUGAACACACAAACCCACAGCCUAUCCACCCAGAAGAGGAACACCCGAAUGUGCCUUAGAGAUGACUGCAUUCAUUUUACUUUUUCUGUCCCAAUAAAGGUGCAGAAAGGU